AGUCGGUGUGUCUGUCUGUCUGUCUUUUAAUAUGACUGUUAAAAGAGGAAUGCCUCAAGUUUUUACAACCUUUAACAAACUUGGUACAAAACUUUACACAUAUUCAAAGCCAAACACAUAUGCUGAAGAGUUAAAGAAUUAAAAUCUGAUAAACGAAGAAUGUAUUUAACUUAGCAUUUUAUGUGAUAUAUAUAAGCAUAUUAUUUAUUGAUAGAUUCUAGUGUAAUGUAAGUAAUUCAAUUUUUUUUUUAUUAUGGUGAACUCAUUACCAUGAUCGGUUAGAAAGUGAGUGUAUAGUUCUGAGUAUGUGUGUCUAUUAGGGGGCGGGUGUACCGGUGCAUGUCAGACAGCAAAGAGCCACAGUUAUCUAGGAAUCUGAGCCAAAAGAGUCUCACAAACAAAAAAGGAACGCAGUAGAGCGAGAGGGAGGGAUAGACGAGAGAAGAUCAAAUAAAAGAGAAAAACAGGAGAAGAGACACCUAGGAGCACAUAGUGAGAUUACAAUGUGGAGGACUGAGUGAAAAAUUUACUACAGAUGACACUACACAACUGUGUACAACUUUAGAUCUGAGAAGACAGAAAAAACAGAGCAACAAGAGUGUGGCGAUAUAAAAAAAACAUUAAGGAUAGGUAUUAGGGGAGAAACUAAACUAAAGAGAGGAAAAUCGAAGGAACAGGUGCAUACUAUCUCUCAGGACAGUUAUUUCCCACUGGUGGACAGAGCACCAUGCGUGCAUGUAUGUGUGUGCUGCCCUUGCUUUUGCUAGGAGCCGACAUGAUGUGCAUGUUCGUUCAUGGACAGAGGGAUAUCUUGGUGGCCGGACCCCCCAACGCCAUAUGUGAGGGUAGCUGCAGUGCAACAGCUUCACCCCCUAAAAUGCAUCACUCGCAGGACUCGCGGCUCAGAAAAACUUCAGAGAAUCGCAGAAGUGCACAGGUGUCGGAUGCAUCUGAACGUCUCAUCCAGCUCCAGAGGUGUAUGCUGCAACACGAAUCGGUGGCUUUGAGUCGGACCGACGCGUCUGAUUCACUCGUAGCCUUUCUGGCUCUCAUGGCAGCAGUGUUGACAGAAUGUGACCUCCACUGCCAUAGUCCAAGACUCAGAGAGAUGUCCACCAGACUCGAAAAUGUGGUGGGCAGAGGUGGAGAGAAGGACUUGCUGCUGUUGUUAAAGGGCAUCACACGUUCUACACCAAACAGCCCCAAACCAACAGUUCCUCCCACAGCAGGGCUUUACCCUCAAGAUUGUCAAGAGAUCUACCAAUUAGGAAUCAAAGAGAAUGGAAUUUACACCAUACAACCAGAUCCAAAGCAGCCAGCGCUAGAGGCUGUGUGUGACAUGACUUCAGCCGGUGGCGGGUGGACAGUGUUCCAACGCCGGUUUGAUGGAAAAACGGACUUUAAUCGAACAUGGCAGGAGUACCGUGAUGGAUUCGGCUCCCCACAGACAGAGCACUGGUUAGGCAACGCCGUUCUCCAUGCCCUAACCUCCAGUGGCCAUCACAUCCUCCGCAUAACUCUCCAAGACUGGCACGAACAAAAGCGGCAUGCAAACUAUAACACCUUUAAAGUGGCUGGAGAAAACCAGAGGUUCCGCCUAACUGCUCGAGAUUUCCACGGUGAUGCUGGCAAUGCUCUCAGUUAUAGUAAACAGUAUAAUCACGACGGCAGAUUUUUCAGUACGUAUGAUCGGGAUUACGACCGCUAUGCCGCUGGAAACUGUGCCCGGUACUAUGGUGCAGGUUGGUGGUUUGACUCAUGUUUGGCAGCUAACCUUAAUGGACGCUACUAUCAGGGGCGUUAUAGUGGCAUCACAGAUGGAAUCUACUGGGGUACCUGGUAUAUCCUGACCGACUAUCGCUCAGGAGAAAGAUACUCAUUCAAAAGUGUUGAAAUGAAAACGAGACCAAGAAGUAGCUAGAAAAGUAGAAACUGAUGUUUUUUGACAACAUUUGGUGAUGUAAUCUUUAUGAUUUUUACUGUAGCCAUUAACAUGCAUUCUUUUUUAUCUAAAAUAUUUGACAAUGACUUUUAAUUGUACUGUAACCUGGACAAAUUUAGGUGGUAGGAGACAGUAUAUGAGAAUGUUUAUAAACAUCUUCUUCGAC